AUGUCUUCAAACAAGAAAUCAUCAUCCUCGUCGUCCCGCAAAUCCAGGUCAACGCCCGACUCCCCGUACGUGUCUUCAUACGGGACCACAUACAGUUCAAUGUCACCUUUCUGGGCAAUCGGCACCCUCUUCGGCGCUUCGAGCGUCGCGCUCGGUGCCUUUGGUGCACACGGACUCAAGCAACGCAUCUCUGACCCCGCGCGCAUCACGAAUUGGGGCACCGCGGCUCAGUACCAACUCAUCCACUCGGCCGUCCUCACUUUUACUUCGGUCGUCGCACCGCAAAACAAGCUCGCAAUGGGCCUCUUCACCGCUGGAAUGACCAUGUUCUCGGGAAUGGCCCCUCCCACCAUCACUGACUCGUAA